AUGGCUGGUUUCUCAACAUGCAUCAUCCUUACCUCCGUCCUCUGUCAGCUAACAGUCACAGCAGCUUCUGGAACUCUGAAGGAGGUGGCCGGUGCCCUUGAUGGAUCUGUGACAUUCGCUCUGAAUAUCACUGAAAUAAAGGUUGACUCUGUUAUAUGGACGUUCAAGACUCUCUUUGUUGCCAUGGUAAAUAAAGACAAUGUCGUAAUAUCACAAAGUAGAAACAAAGAAAGAAUAGUCUUUCCUGACGGACACUCCAUGAAACUCAGCCAGUUGAAGAAGAAUGACUCCGGAGCCUACCGUGCAGAGAUUCACAGUUCAUCACUUCAGUCUCCCUUCACCCAGGAGUAUGUGUUGCAUGUCUAUGAGUAUCUGCCAAGACCCAAGGUCACCAUGGAUCGGCAAAGCAGUAAGAACGGCACCUGCAUAAUCAACCUGACAUGUUUCUUGGAACAGGAAGGAGAGAAUGUGACGUACAGCUGGAAAGCCGUGGGGCAGGCGGUCAGUGAGUUUCACGACAGUGCCAACCUCCCCAUCUCCUGGAGACUGGGAGAGACAGACAAGACCUUAAUCUGCAUGGCCAGGAAUCCAGUUAGCAACAGUUCCUCAACCCCCAUCCUUGUCCAGAAGCUCUGUGAAGAUGCUGCCACGGACCUAAGUUUACCCAGGGGCAUCCUGUACACCCUGGGCAUCUCAGUAGUGCUCAUCUUGUUUGGUGUCUCGCUGGUGGUUAUUUUUCAUAUUAACUGGGCACAGAAAAGAAAAGGCUUUGAGGAAGACAAGAAGAGAGUUGACAGCCACCAGGAAAUGCCCAACUCCUGCCCUCACCUGGAGGACAACACAGACUAUGACAUGAUCCUUUACGCAGAAAAAAGGAGACCAGAAGAAGAUGCACCAAACACAUUUUAUUCCACUGUGCAGAUUCCCAAAGUGGUGAAGAGUACCAGCCCCCUGCUUGCAAUGCCACACACUCCAAGGCCAUUAAGCUUUGAAAAUGUUAUCUAG